UGUGCAUCUGCAGCUAUAAUUUCUGAUCACCUAUUGUCAAAUUCAAAAAUCAUGCCGAAGUCAUGGGUUUUAGACAUCUCGAAUAAAGCACUUGAGCGAUUAGGCAGGAAACAGUUCUGGAGACUCAUAAAGACGAUUCGAAGUGUGCCUCCACCUGUAGAGGCAGCCACGCUUCGAGAGGCGCUGCGCGACAUGGGCAUAUUCAUUUCUGAUAGUAACUAUGCAGUAUUGUGCAAGUCAUACGGUGAGGUUAACGUGGAUGUGGUUGGGUUGAUUGAAGAGAUUUUCGAGUUAUUUUCCCCUCGACGCCGAUAUGUGAUAAGUUUAAUUUUAAAGAAAAUUGAUCCAAAUUGUACAGGACUUAUCUCCUUGGAUACUAUAGACCGAGAGUACGAUACAAUGCGGCAUCCAGGUGUUGUGAACAAUAUGCGCGAUCCUGAUGACGUGAAGAAGGCAUUCAUGGAUAUUUUUGAAGGAGCAGGGCAUUACAGUAAAGGUGAUGGUUCUCCGCAAAUCAUGGUAGAGGAACUCAUGGGUUACUACUUAGGUAUUUCUCUUACAACCCCAAACGAUGAAGACUUUGAGCUGUGUUGUAUUCGAUCGUUCUCCUUAGACCGUCCAAAGGUUGUUUUAGGUAGCGAUGACAUCGCACGCGAAACUAGAAGCUCACGCGCGGAGUCCAGAAUGAGUCGCUUGCUGGGGCAGAGUUCAUCGCACCCGUUAUAUACCACAGCUAAUAGUGAGUACGGUAAGAAUGACGCGGUCACAGUCGUGCAAAAUGUCCGUUCGAAAUACGGCCUUUCACAUAGGUUUACAAGUAGCAUUCUUUGCCGAUUUGAUGGAGCUACGUCAAUGAAUAUGUAAAGAGGAAAAAAUCAAACUUCAGUGAUAAAAACAAGAUUCUAGUGUAGAUUUUGUAGUAGUUGCAUGGUUCUGCAUAGUGAAUAGUGUGAUGCUAGUUUCUCUUGUUUAUUCCUUUUUAAAAACUAUUUUAGAUUUGCUUAAAACAUAUGAUGUAAAUGAGUUUUUGUUAAUAAGAAGAAGCAAUAAGAGAACAAUACGUUAUAUGACAGUUGUUACAUGGCAAUAUACCUUUACUUCUGUUUGGACUAUAAUUCUGAUAGUUUCUGGGAA